UGCUCCAUCCUAAUUAGAUACACAAGAACCGAGUGAUUAGGCCUAAAUUAUGCAUCAUAUUAUACUGAUUUGGCAAAAUUUGGUGUCAACCAUUUAGAACUCAACCCGUCCGAAACAAAACAAGAGCAACCCCGGACCUUGUUUCUUACUGUGUCUCUCUAAUAAACCAAGAAAACAAGCAAAUCUUAGUUCCAACAUUAAAAAGAUCAUAUUUUUUAAGAAAGAUUGGUCUAGAUUGUGGGUUUGUUGAGUUUUUAGGAAAUAAUUGAAGAAUUCUGGAGGAAUUAACAGAAAGAGCAGUGUUGAUGGAUUUGCAAAAGGAGCAAGAAAGAGAAAGGCGUCGAUUACGGGACAGGCAAAGAAGGCAAGCAAUGAGUGUUGAAGAGAGGGAAAAACAUCUUGCGAGACGACGUAGAAACUAUCAGUUGCGGAGACAAAGAGCGCGAAAUGUGAGAGACCCUCAGGCCAGUCAGGCCAGUCUUGUGGAUAGUGACGAAAUGCUUAUGCUUCCUAGUAACGGGAAUAAUCAAGCAGUAAUCUCUGUUCCUGUCCAAUCUAAUGGAAUUUCUGAUGUCGAUUUGGAUCAAAGACAAGGAAGUGUAAAUGCAGGCAAUGCAAAUUCUGUGGCAGGUUUGGAAAUUCCAGCACAUAAGUUAGCUAAAUUACCUAUAAGGUCACGUCUAAACCAUAUAAAGCACCUUGCUCGGUCACUGGCUGAUACUCUGGAUAUUGGUGAUAGUCACAAAAUUACAGGAGAUUUGACGAUGACUGGAUACGCAACUUCCAACUGCACACCAGCAAAACCAUUACGAUUGAAUCGUGUUAAGCAUCUUGCACGGGUAUUAAGCUCUGAUGUAACACUGACAACAGUCCCAGAUCGCAACGGUGAAACAAAGGUGGAACAGAAUCUGUCAAGUGGACAACAUCUGAUGAGUACCAAUCUGCCUAAAGUUGUUCAGACUAUCAACGUUAGUGGUGGAGAUGAAUGACUCUGCUCCACUGGUAACGAUCAUGAAUAAUUUUACAUGGCAUUUGCUGGUUAGGGCACACUUUUCAUAUACAAGAGAACCAUGGCUGGAGAUUUAAUGAGUUUUUUCCUGUUUAUUUCACUGUACUUCCCCCCUGGGGAAUUGAAGAAGGAAGCUUUUUCUCAGACACAUACAAGGGAUGGAAUUUUCCAAGCUCCUUAAAGUUUUUCAAAUCGAAUAUAAUGUGAGAUCGAGGACAUAACAAGCAGAGGAUGCUACAGAAAGAACAUUGUAGAUAUCGAAUUGGACAAAGUUGGUGAAUUUUAGAUUAGAGGAUAGUUUGAAAGGCCUACAACUGGAGCUGGAGUGCAUUUUUUUUUUGUUUUUUUCGUGUAGGAUGUUUAAAAAGAAAGGAGUUUGAGAAGCCUUAAACACCAUCUUCAUCCAUUUUUGAUGUAAUGAGGUUUGCUUUGCAAAUCCAUUAUUCGGGUUGCAUUGAUUCUUUUAAG